CUGAUUUCCCUCACUUAUUUACAUUUCUUAUCCAGCAAAAAGCUUUGCCGACCGGAUCCAGACUGUGUCGGCUGCUCAGCGGGAAGUAACUGGCAACGAUAGUAUAAAACGACGCCUUAGUUUCAUUUCAAUUCAUUCUUUCUUUACUAUCAUAUUUUUUCGUCAUGGAUUCUUCCGAAAAACAGUUGUGUGCUGAAACUGAAAGAAUAAAAAAGACUGCUUUUUUAUCUGUCGCAAUUUCAACUUUCGUAGUUUUUUGUUCAGUUGUAAUGCUUCCUCUUAUUUACAACUAUGUUCAAACUCUUCAAACACACAUGCUCAAUGAAAUGGAUUUCUGUCGAACGAAAUCUAGAGACCUGUGGGUGGAGGUCGUUUCUGUUGACGGCGCUUUCGGUAGAGGCAAACGAACGAUUAGAUCUGGUGACCGCGCUAAACGAGAGUGGAGUUUUGGGCAGUUUUUCGAGAGAAGUCAGAGAGCAACUGGAUCAGGGUCUGGAAGUUCUGGUGGCUACGGUACCUAUCCACCGGCCCCUACGGUCCCUCCUACCUACGGAGAUUACAAAGUAGCUGCCGUUGAAGAAUUUCAGCCGGCUUCAUGUUGCACAUGCCAACAAGGACCUGUUGGGCCAGCAGGACCACCAGGAGACGAUGGGCUUGAUGGUAUUGAUGGAAAGUCGGGAGUCGAUGGACCACCCGGAAGAGAUGGAAUUCUCCUGCCACCCCUUGGCCAAGCUCCGGAACCAUGUAUUAUUUGUCCACCAGGUCAAACUGGUCCCCCAGGGUUCCCAGGACAAAAAGGUCCAAAUGGGCCACGAGGAAGCCCUGGACUACAAGGCCAAGACGGAAAGAAGGGAGAACAAGGAAUGCCAGGUCCACAAGGUCCGACUGGAAGACCAGGUAGACCGGGACCCAAGGGACCAAAAGGAGAGGAUGGAAGAGUUAUUAUGGUUGCUGGACCCGCGGGACCCGCAGGCCCACCAGGACUUCCUGGAACCCCUGGAAAACGAGGAGCGCGUGGUAUGGACGGCUUGCCGGGACCACAAGGUGCACCAGGACAACAAGGAGAUUCCGGACUAUCGGGCCCAGACGGAAAAGAAGGUGCAAGAGGGGAACGUGGACCACAAGGACCUCAAGGGCUCAAGGGAUCCUGUGAGCAUUGCCCUCUUCCAAGACUUCCUCCAGGAUACUAAAUAUCCCUUUUCUCUUUGUUUGUAUAUUAUGAUUUUUUGCAAUUCCUCUAAUGUUUUAAUUUAUUUUUGCCCCUUUACAUAUUGAAACUGACCUGUAUGCAUCAAUAAACCUUCCUGAUAUCCU